GUCACUAUGCGCAAACCGAUCCAAAGGGAAAACCGGUUGUCCUUCUGUCUGUCUGUCCGCGUGCAAUAAAUAUUGCCGCCACUGCCAUACCGUGUUGGUUCUCUUGUUUUUGGUAAAACUUAAGACGUUCACUGAAAAAAGAAAGAAGCAACAAUUUUCGUGUGUUUUCGGCGGCUCUCUUGAUCUUUUCUAGUCAAUCUUUACGACCGUACUCGUACGAAUUUUUGUGCUUUUGUUGCUUUUGAUUUUUUCCUUCUCGCUGAACGUUUACAAUUUCCACUUAUGUUUAAACCCAAACCCCCGGUUCUCUCUUAGCCAUUUCUUCCAACUACUCUUCGUCUCCGUGUCAUCCUCCGGGCUUUAUUUGGGUCAUCGACCAUUUUUGGUUCACAGGACUUGGCAGUUUGAGUUCGUUUUGCAGAGGAAAUGGGGUCCGUGAUCUCAGACAGGGCUGUCCCUGUUCUUCUUCUGGGCAUUUUGCUUUUGAAUUGCUUCACUGAGUUUGGAACGGACGCUCAGGCGCCUUUGGCACAAAAUGAAGUGAAAGCUCUUGAAGCAAUAUCCACAAAAUUAGAGAACCUAAAUUGGAGCAUCAAUGAAAAUUUUUGCACUGACGUCGGAAGGAUGAACUCCAUUGAUAGCAAGAGCAAUCCUCUAAGGAACAUCACAUGCGACUGUAAUAACACUGUUUGCAGUAUCAUAAACAUCGAGCUGAAGGGUUUCAAUUUAUCUGGAGUUCUACCAGCUGAAUUUGGAAAUCUUACUAAUCUGCGACAACUUGAUCUCACUCGCAACUAUAUCAGUGGAUCAAUUCCUACAAGUUUUGCUCAGCUCCCUCUGGUCAAUCUGUCCCUUUUGGGAAACCGACUAAAUGGUAGCAUUCCUAGGGAAAUUGGUGAUAUUGGUUCGCUUGAGGAGUUGGUCUUGCAAGAUAAUCAGCUUGUUGGACCUCUUCCUGAAAGCCUAGGAAAUUUGAUAAACUUGCAAAGACUCAUUCUUUCUGGAAACAAUUUUACAGGCCCAAUACCAGAAAAAUUUGGCAAUUUAAAGAACUUAACUGAUUUUAGGAUAGACGGGACCAAAAUAUCGGGGAAGAUACCUGAUUUUAUUGGGAAUUGGAAGAAACUUGAUCGACUUUAUAUGCAAGGCACAUCCAUGGAGGGCCCCAUUCCUUCCAACAUAUCCCUGUUAACAAACUUAACUCAACUGAUGAUAUCUGACUUGAACGGAUCGAGCAGUAGAUUCCCUGAUUUGGAGAAAUUGACAAAUUUGGAGUAUUUGGUGCUGAGAAAUUGCUUAAUCACUGGUUCAAUCCCAGCCUAUAUUUUAUCGAUGAAGUUGAAAAGAAUAGACCUGAGCUUCAACAAUUUGAGUGGUCCAAUUCCAGAGACAAGUAUGAACGAGGAGCUAGAUUACAUGUUUUUGACCAGCAACUCAUUGACUGGAAAGGUGCCGAGUUGGAUCUUGAAAAGCAAACAUGCAAUGGAUUUAUCUUACAACAAUUUUUCAGCAUCAUCUGAAUCAUCUGAUUUUAGUUGUGAAGUACAGUCACCUGUGAAUUUGGUUUCCGGUUAUUCAUCCCUGGAGAUUGACUCAAGUCGUUGGUGUUUGAAGAAGGACCUCCCCUGUUCCCAAAAACCACAAUAUUAUUCAUUUUUUAUUAAUUGUGGUGGGGAUGGAAUGAAUUUCGAAGGGAACAAAUAUGAACAGGACAUAAACGCUCCAUCUGAUGGAGCGUCACACUUUAGUUCUUCUGAAAAAUGGGCUUAUAGCAGUACAGGGGUUUACACAGGCAAGAAUGGUGCUUCCUACAUAGCAAAAAAUACAUUUUCUCUGAAUGUGGUUGGUCCAGAAUUCUACCAGACAGCACGACUUGCCCCUCUAUCACUUAAGUACUAUGGCCUUUGCUUGAGAGAGGGAAGUUACAAAGUAAAGCUUUAUUUUGCUGAAAUAAUGUUUUCUGAUGACCAUACAUUUAGCAGCCUGGGAAAGCGCAUAUUCGAUGUCUCAAUUCAAGGGAAUUUAGUUUUGAAGGAUUUCAACAUUAUGGAGGCUGCUGGAGGUGUUGGUAUAGGCAUCCAUAGGGAAUAUGAUGUUCUUGUUAAUGGUAGUACUUUGGAGAUUCAUUUAUACUGGGCAGGGAAAGGAACUACUUCCAUUCCUGACAGAGGUGUCUAUGGACCUCUUAUAUCUGCCAUUGCAGUGACACCAAACUUUGGCACUGGAAAGGGUCUACCUGCUGGAGCUAUUGCUGGAAUUGUACUUGCAUCAUGUAUGCUCCUUGUAUUGAUUUUGGUAGUUCUCCGAAUGAAGGGUUACCUAGGGGGGAAUGACCUUGAAGAUAAAGAACUACGUGCACUAGAUCUACAAACAGGUUAUUUUACUUUAAGACAAAUUAAAGCUGCCACCAGUAACUUUGACCCUGCAAACAAGAUAGGCGAAGGAGGCUUUGGGCCUGUUUUCAAGGGUGUACUAUCAGAUGGUGCUGUAAUUGCUGUUAAGCAGCUAUCCGCCAAAUCGAAGCAAGGGAACCGUGAAUUUGUCAAUGAGAUAGGCAUGAUUUCUGCAUUACAACACCCAAAUCUUGUGAGGCUUUAUGGAUGUUGUAUCGAAGGAAACCAGUUGUUACUAGUAUAUGAGUACAUGGAAAACAAUAGUCUUGCCCGUGCAAUUUUUGGUCGUGAGGAAAACCAGCUACACUUGGAUUGGCCAACAAGGAAGAAGAUAUGCUUGGGAAUAGCAAAGGGAUUAGCUUAUCUUCAUGAGGAAUCAAGGUUGAAAAUCGUUCACCGAGACAUAAAAGCUACAAAUGUGCUCCUUGAUAAGGAUCUAAAUGCCAAGAUAUCUGACUUCGGUUUAGCUAAACUUGAUGAAGAAGAGAACACGCAUAUCAGCACACGAAUUGCAGGAACAAUUGGUUAUAUGGCUCCUGAAUACGCAAUGAGGGGUUACUUGACUGACAAAGCAGAUGUUUACAGCUUUGGAGUAGUUGCUUUGGAGCUUGUUAGUGGGAAAAGCAACACAAAUUACAGACCAAAGGAGGAGUUUGUUUAUCUGCUGGACUGGGCCUAUGUCCUAGAGGAGCAAGGUAACCUGUUAGAGCUUGUGGAUCCAAAGCUCGGUUCAAGCUACCCCCCCGAAGAGGCAAUGAGAAUGCUCAAUUUGGCUCUCUUAUGCACCAACCCCUCUCCCACUCUCAGACCAUCAAUGUCUUCCGUAGUAAGUAUGCUUGAAGGAAAAAUUGCAGUUCAAGCACCAAUAAUCAAGCGCAGUGAAACAAACCUGGAUGCAAGGUUCAAAGCCUUUGGGAAAUUAUCACAAGACAGCCAAACACAAAUCUCUACAUUUUCACAAGAUAGUCAAAUACAGAGAGAAAUUUCAAUGACUGGGCCUUGGACUGAUUCAUCCGUUUCUGUCCAUAGUAAGGAUGAGACCCGAGACCAUUCUUCAUCGAGCAGGCUUCUUCAGGAUCUAUAUGAUGUAAAUUUAGAUUAACUGAUUAAUAUAUAAGGAGAAGAACAAAUUAAGAUUAUGGUAUUCUUUUCUUAUUUUGGUUAGAUUCUUACGUAAAUUUAAGGAGCUAUUUGACAAUUGUUUAUACUGUUAGAAAAACAAUAGAGCAAAGAUGCUUUUAGAUUAUUUAGCAGAUUCGUAUAGAGAAAGUUACAUGAGUUUGUCUUUUAAUGAGAUUCUGUAGCACUGAUGACA